CCGCCGCCAUCGCCACACCUUCCGCUCGCCGCCGCCAUCGCUACACCUUCGGAUCGCCGCCGCCAUCGCUCCACCUUCGGCCACCUUGCUUCACCGCGCUUCGUUACAUGCGACAAUCAACAGCAAGAAAAUGGCGCGCAAGUUUUUCGUCGGCGGCAAUUGGAAGUGCAAUGGCACCGUGGAGAGCGUUUCCAAGCUGGUGGAUACAUUGAAUGCGGGCGCGAUUGUGUCUACUGACAUUGUGGAGGUGGUGGUUGCUCCUACCUUCAUCCAUAUCCCGAUGGUCAAGGAUCGCCUUAGGAGCGAGAUCCAGGUGUCUGCUCAGAACUGCUGGGUGAAGAAAGGCGGCGCGUACACCGGCGAGGUCAGCGCCGAGCAAUUGGUCGAUCUCGGCAUUCCCUAUGUGAUCCUUGGGCACUCCGAGCGGCGGCAUAUAUUGAAGGAGAGCCACGAUUUCGUUGGGCAGAAAUGCGCUUAUGCUCUUAGUAAGGGGUUGAAAGUGAUCGCGUGUAUUGGAGAGACGCUGGACGAGAGAGAGGCUGGCAAUACCAUCAAGGUGUGUGCGGAGCAGUUGAUUGCCAUCAAGGAGGCCAUUGGUCAGAACUGGAGCGAGGUGGUCGUGGCGUACGAGCCCGUGUGGGCGAUCGGUACGGGGAAGGUAGCGACGCCAGAGCAGGCGGAGGAGGUGCACGCGGAGCUGAGGAAAUGGCUGGCGGAGAACGUCAGCGCGGAAGUCGCGGAGGCCACGCGCAUUCUGUACGGAGGAUCUGUCACGGGGGGCAACUGCAAGGAGCUGGCCAAGAAGCCCAAUGUCGAUGGCUUCCUCGUCGGCGGCGCCGCGCUCAAGCCCGAGUUCAUUGAUAUCAUCAACUCCGCUCAGAUCAAGGUGGCUGCCUAGAUAGAUAGAUAGAUAGAUAGAUAGAUCGAUAGAUAGGUUGAUUGAUAGAUAGAUGAAUGAAUUCGUUUUGUGUGU